GAGGGUGAACUCAUUCUAGAGGCAGCAGACCUAUAUUACAACAACUCCCAGGCUUGACCAAGCUGCGCUGUCUCCAUGUGGAUUGCUGCCAGAGAGGGAGAGAAGUUGAGUCAGUGAGAGCUCCUGCGGUUGUUCGGUCGGAACUUCAGCCUCAUUUUCGGGCGUUUACAGCCCGUGUCAAUGACAGCGAGCAGGGCGGAAUCGGUUCCUCUUCUCUGAUGGCCUAAUUGUCAGAUCUGUGUAUAUAGCUCUUUCUUUUCGGUACAUGGCGACAUCUCUCUCGUGUUUUUUUUUAUUUCUGUGUGUGAUUCAACUUACUGCAAAUGAGCGCAAGUCUCAGCUUGUGUGAGGUUCAUCAUCAUCAGUAGCAGCAGCAGCAGCAGCAGAAGAACAGAAACAAGACCUUUUAAGGAGCAGAAGCAGCGGACAAAGUUGGAUUGUUGUUGUUGCGCGCAGGAGUGUGUGGUUUCCUUCUUAUUUCUGUUUGUUACGUUUUAUUUAACCAGAGGAAGUAAUGACUUCUGUAUGGAAAAGACUGCAGCGAGUUGGUAAAAAGGCUUCAAAGUUUCAGUUCGUUGCUUCUUACCAGGAACUCGUCUUGGAGUGCACCAAGAAAUGGCAACCGGACAAGCUGAGGGUGGUGUGGACCAGGAGGAACAGACGCAUGUGUUCCAAGCUCCACAGUUGGCAGCCUGGAAUCAAGAACCCCUACAGGGGCAUGGUGGUGUGGCCUGUCCCAGAGAACAUCGACAUCUCUGUUACACUCUUCAAGGAGGCCAGCGCUGAUGAGUUUGAGGACAAAGAGUGGACCUUUGUCAUUGAGGGUGAGAACAAGGGGCAUCGUAAGGUGCUGGCAUCAGCUGACAUCAACCUGAAGCGGUUUGCCAGUCCCAUGCCGACCCAGACAGACCUGACGCUGAAGCUGAAGCCACUGUCUGUCAAAGUGGUGGAGGCCACGCUCAAGCUCUCGCUGUCGUGCGUCUUUGUUCGUGAGGGAAAAGCCACUGAUGAAGACAUGCAGAGCCUGGCCAGCCUGAUGAGCGUCAAACCCUCAGACAUUGGCAACCUGGACGACUUCAAUGAGAGCGAUGAAGAGGAGGACAAAAAGUCUGUCACUGCUCCAGUAGUUCCACACACUCUAACUCGCCCAAAUCGCCCCGCUCCCCCUCCACCUGACAAGCGAAACUCCACUGGACCCUCUUUUCCAGCCUCAGCAAGUGGGCGUGAUGGCGGUCCUCCCAAUCCUGCCAUCCUCUCUCGCCCUCCCCUACCUAUCGCACCUCGCCCCUCGCCCCGUCGCUCCCGACACCCCUUCUCCUCUGCUCCUGUCCAAUCAGAGAUCCAACCUUCACCUGGCCCCUCCCCUCAGCCCUCACCCAGGUCCAAGCAUAAAAAAUCAACCAAUCCUGUUCCACCUGAGCUUUCUGCUUUAUCUGACUUGCAGCCUCCAAGCUCCCAGGUCCCAGCAGCUACUCCCUCAGUCCAGAGCGUAGCUGAUGUGUCUCCUGCAGCUCCUUCAUCACCUGAGACCCCCAUAACUGCUGCUACCUCUUCCCCCCAUCCUCCAUCUCCCAAAUGCCCUGAAUCUGUGUCCACUGCCUCAGUGGAGCUUUCUUCAGCAGUGCCCUCUGUUCCCUUAAAUCCUUCCUCAUCCAAUUACAGUGAAGGUCCUGCACAUUUAAAUACACCUUCUAACCUGUCCCUCAAGCCUCCCAGUGCACCUGUAACUGGAAUUACUUCUUUAACCCCCAAACUUCCCUCCACUGCAUCGUCAUCAGGUGAGACUAUCAUAACAUCAUCGUCCACAGCGCCCGAAAAGUCCUCUCUCACCACUCUGACCCAUAAGCCCAUCUCUGCUGCCUCCCAGCUUCUUCCCUCCAAAACCUCCUCACCCUCAAAUCCCACCUUAUCCCCUGAGUCUUCAUCCACUCACCCUCCACUCCCCCGGACCCUCUCUCAGCCUCCUUCUCUGCCCAAAAUCUUCCAGUCAGGCUCAGCAAAAGUUCCUGUGUCAUAUCAACAGCGCCCCCCAGAGGUUCAAACUGUAGAUGAUCCUUCUUCCGUCUCUGUUCGUUCCCACAUUUUCAAACCUCAGAUUGUCAAGUCCAUCGCCCGCCCUUCUUCUCCCUCACCUUUUUCCGCUGAUGCCCCUAUUCUGGCUUCAACAUCUCCUGUCCCAAGAUCUCACCCCUCUAGUUCAGAGUCAGGUGCUCCGGGGACGUGGCUGAGGUCCGACUCAGCUCUGAUCGGAGGCGACAUCACCCCUGUCCCUCUGCUGAGCAGUCCCGAUCUUGAGGCUCUCUGUGACCCUGCGGCUCCAACCCUCCCUGUCUCCCUUCCACGUUCCUCCCCCCCUCGCUCCUCUUCUCUUUCCACCUCUGUUUUAUUCUCCUCUCCUCACCCUCAGCUCGCUGUCUCUCCUUCUGCUCCUCCUGCUCAGAUCAGCUCCUGCCAGUCAGCCUCAACAUUCCCACUCACUCAAGCAGACAAGGAAACAGCUCCAAGCCCUCCGAGCCGAGCUGAAGAAGUGGCAAAUGUCAGAACAUCCAACCAGCCAAUCAGGCCAGCCCAGGAGUCAAAGGCUGCAAUGACAGAAAACAAAGCUGAGCCAGGACGGAUCAGUUCACACAGAGAAGAUGCUGCUGAUGUGGACAUCCCUAUCAGGCAGGAACCAAUCACAGCCAAAGACUCAGAAACACAUCACAUAGUGCCACCUCCUGCUCAACCCAGUGCACCAUCAGUUAAAGAGGAGCCCAGAGAGCCAAAGGGACCCGGCGUGGAACCAGCAACCUCACUCGAGGUUUCCCCCAAGCCACCAUGCGAGCGCACGGCUUUGGCACUGGAGCCGCUGCUGCCCUCAAAACCAGAACCAGAACCAGGACUACAGCCGGGACCAGUUCUCCAGCCAUCAGGAAAACCGCGACAUGAGGGAGCAGAUGAGGAGAAACCAGCCGACAGCAUGGCUGGUGGUGAGGAGAGUUUCGUCAACAAUAAGGAGCCAGCGUGCGAGGCAGAAAAGCAGCUGUGGGCAGCUGUGGAGGAGACCACAACGGAGACAGGAGCAGAAAAACGGAUGGAAAGUAGUGAGAACGCUGAAGAGAAGGAUGAAAAGGAGCAGGAGGAGGAGGGUGUAAAAGGGGGUGCCCACACAGAGGCAGAUGUGUGUGUUGCAGAGCAGCAGAAGGAGGAGCCUGCUGGCUUCAUGUCAGCAGUAGUUGGGGUGUUGUAUAGAGGGCUCAAACACCCACCAGGUGACCUCCCUGAUGGUGGAGAGAAGAAAGCGCCAUCGCAGCUUGGAGACACGUCCAGUAGACACACUGGUGACAGACACACAGACAUACACAUCACUCCAACCCAUCACUGUGAGAUGAACACAUCAAGGCUUCCUACGUUGCUAGAGGAAGAAACCACUGACAUUAAUACCCCUGAUCCACUUCCAACAGUCAGGGAGGAGGCUGAUGGGAAGGAUGACACAGCUGAGGGCUUGGUGAACUCCAGCCAGUCGCUUCUCCAGUGGUGUCAGGGCAUCACCAGUGGAUACCAGGGGGUAAAGGUCACGAACUUCAGCACGUCCUGGAGAAACGGCCUGGCUUUCUGUGCCAUCCUACAUCACUUCCAUCCAGACAAAAUUGAUUUUGACCAGUUAGACCCUCAUGACAUCAAGCUCAACAACAAAAAGGCAUUUGACGGUUUUGAGGCACUGGGCAUCUCUCGUCUGUUGGAGCCGUCCGACAUGGUUCUCCUGUCCGUCCCUGACAGGCUCAUAGUCAUGACCUACCUCAGCCAGAUCCGCUCACACUUCACCAACCAGGAGCUGAGUGUGCUGCAGAUUGAGCACAACAGCAGCCAGUCCAGCUACGGCCUCGCCCUCUCCGGUCCUGCUCCCACCAAUGUCGAUGCUGCCGCCUUCUGCAUGGCCAGACUGAACGAAGGAGUGAGUUUAGAGGAAGGAGGAAGCAGCACAUUGGUCAUCCCGCCACCGAGGACCAAGCGAGUGGUUAAAGUUGAGGAGUCAGUAACCCCAGUCCCACCCCCGAGGUCGGUUAACAAGACAGUCAAAUCUCAGGAUGAAGAUAACCAAGCUGCAACAGAAAACACUCAUAAAACAGAGUUGCAGACUGCAGCUGAGACAGAGCCUCCCAAGCAAGAAGCAGAAACAAUGUGUCUGCAGGACACCAGUCAGUAUGUCCUGAGUGAGCUGGCAGCGUUAGAAAUGGAGCAGAAGCACAUGGACAGCAGAGCCGCUGUGGUGGAGCGACGGCUGCGAUGCCUCAUGGAAACAGGAAGUGACCGUGAUGAAGAGGAGAGACUGAUCCAGGAGUGGUUCACUCUGGUGAACAAGAAGAACGCUCUGAUACGCAGACAGGACCACCUGGAACUACUGCAAGAGGAACAGGAUCUGGAGAGAAGAUUUGAGCUUUUGACCAGAGAGCUACGGGUCAUGAUGGCUAUAGAAGACUGGCAGAAGUCAACCACUCAGCAGCAGAGGGAGCAGCUGCUCCUCCAAGAGCUGGUGUCUUUAGUCAACCAACGGGAUGAGAUCAUCAGAGACAUCGACGCCAAGGAGAGAGGGGCACUGGAGGAGGAUGAGCGACUGGAGCGUGGUCUGGAGAUGAGGAGGAGAAAAUACAGCAACAAAGACAAAUGUGUCCUACAGUGAGAGGACAAGCACAAACAGCUUUUACUACUGAGCCCCUGAAGUCGCGAAAGAUUAUAUUUUUGUAUCAUAAUUUCAUAAUUUGUGUUGCAGGAUUAAAAUAUAAUAUCUUUCACGGCUUUUGGGUUUCCCAGUUUUCCUAUAUGUUUUUAAGUGCCUUUAGAAAAAACUACCACAUUUUGGCUGUAAACUGUAUCUUCUUUGACAGUGUUUGUUUGAUCAUGUCAAAGUUUCAUUAUUUUUAUUGUCUUACUUAUUUUUAUUUAUUUAAAUGAUGUGUGAGAAUGUUGUACAUCUACCGCACAAAUGGUGUUUUGUGUGUUUGUGUGUAAGUUCUCCUGUGAGAUCAUUCAGUAUUUGUUGCUUGUCAAAAUUAAAGUAGUAAUGUGCCAUAUCCUUGCCAUAAGUUUUUUUUGGCAAAUGGUUUGCAGUUGCUUAUGAUAUGCACACAUCCAAAAAAAAAAAAAUCUAUUCUGUUUCCAGAGAUAUUUAUGUUACAUGUCUGUUUCAGACAUUGCCACCCUGAAAAAUAUCUGAUAAAGUGCCAAGACAUUUCAGAGAUUUAAAAAAAAAUGCGUGUGACAAGUGAUGAGCUGGACUCAAGCCCACAAUAUUGUUUGUACAGGGUACAUGUUUUCAUCUGCAGGAUGAUCCCAACCUCACGUUUUGAUAAAGUCUGAAAGCAUUUCCACUUAUUGCAAUAAUAUAUUUUUAGACGUUAGAGCUUGAAAGUGUUCUUCAUAUUCAGUGUUUAUUUGAAGUUACGCUCUGAGUGCCUUAUAAAAAUAGUGUUUAUGGUGUGAUGCCUUCUUUAUUCACAGAAAUCAAUUUCCUCAUUUCUGUGUUGCUCGACUACUGUGUGCAUGCUUUUUGAGGUGUGCUGGUAAAGUGGUACUCUACUUCACAUCACUACUGUAUGCCUGUCACACUGUAUAACUGAUGAUGCUGUCUAUAUUUAUGUUGAUGAAUGAUGUUGAUGAAGAAAAAUAAAUUUUGUUUGGUU